UCUCUCUCUCUCUCUCUCUCUCUCUCACAAAAUAUCUACCAACACAAAACACUACCACCCCCUCUCACCACUCCAUUUGACACAAAGAAUCUCACAAAAAACACACUCAAAUAGUACCCAUCAUCAACAAGAAGAAGAGGAACCAAUGAACCAAAUCCUCCUCCUCCUCCUCCUCCUCUUCUUCUUCUCUUGCACCAUCUCCUAGCAACCUCUCUGUUUCCCUCUAUCUCUCUCUGUCUCUCUGUCUCUCUCUCUCACGCGCGCGAUAACCCUAAAGGCAUCAAUAAUUAACCAUGACCCUGGAUGAGUCGCUAAGAUCUCUUUCCUUGGACUACCUCAAUCUUCUGAUCAACGGUCAGGCCUUCAGCGACGUAACCUUCAGCGUAGAGGGGCGUCUAGUCCACGCCCACCGAUGCAUCCUCGCCGCAAGGAGCCUCUUCUUUAGGAAAUUCUUUUGCGGGCCCGACCCACCGACCGGGCUGGACCCAGCCGGCUCCAGAAUCAACCCCGCGGUCUCGCCGGGAUCGAGGCCGGGUGUGAUACCGGUUAACUCGGUCGGCUACGAGGUGUUCUUGUUGCUGCUGCAGUUCUUGUACAGUGGCCAAGUCACUAUUGUGCCUCAGAAACAUGAGCCCAGGCCUAAUUGCGGGGAGAGAGGGUGCUGGCACACGCAUUGCACCUCAGCCGUUGAUCUUGCUCUUGACACUCUUGCUGCCGCUAGAUCCUUUGGUGUUGAACAGCUAGCAUUGCUCACUCAGAAACAAUUGGCAAGCAUGGUGGAGAAGGCCUCAAUUGAAGAUGUAAUGAAAGUACUCCUUGCUUCGAGAAAACAAGACAUGCACCAGCUCUGGUCCACAUGUUCCCAUCUCGUUGCAAAAUCUGGCCUCCCUCCGGAAGUCUUAGCCAAGCACCUCCCCCUCGAUGUCGUGGCAAAGAUUGAAGAGCUCCGCCUCAAAUCCUCACUCGCUCGCCGUUCCCUCAUGCCGCACCACCACCACCACCACCACCAGCACGACAUGGGGGCAGCCGCCGAUCUCGAAGACCAAAAGAUUCGUCGGAUGAGAAGAGCACUCGACUCGUCCGAUGUGGAACUCGUCAAGCUUAUGGUCAUGGGAGAAGGGCUAAAUCUCGACGAGGCAUUAGCUUUACACUACGCUGUAGAAAAUUGUAGCCGAGAAGUCGUCAAAGCCUUGCUUGAGCUCGGGGCCGCCGAUGUUAACUACCCCGCUGGGCCGGCCGGGAAGACCCCGCUUCACCUCGCGGCGGAGAUGGUGUCGCCGGACAUGGUGGCAGUCCUUCUCGACCACCAUGCUGACCCGAAUGUUCGAACCGUCGACGGGGUUACUCCGCUCGACGUACUCAGAACCCUAACAUCGGAUUUCCUCUUCAAAGGAGCCGUCCCGGGGCUAACGCAUAUCGAACCCAACAAGCUCAGGCUUUGCCUUGAGCUCGUUCAAUCGGCGGCGCUCGUUCUUUCGCGUGAAGAAGGCAAUGCAAACGCUCCUUCUUCCACCACUAUAUAUCCGCCGAUGAGCGAUGAUCACAGCAGCGGCAGCAGCGGGAACAACAUGGGAAACCUUAAUCUCGAUUCGAGAUUGGUUUAUCUCAAUCUGGGUGCUACGGGUUCGGGACAAAUGGGCGGAGCAAGAUCAAUGGAUGGAGACGAUCAAGAUAGCAGGCAUGGAUCACAAGGUGGCUGUGAUCCGACAAUGCUUUUCAAUGAUCAUAAUAUGAAGUUCAGUUUCAUUGGAGAUGGGGAGAUGAGACAAGGAGGAUUCUGAGAUUUUGCAACUGAGGAUCGAUGGAUAUACAUGACGGAGGAGAGACGCAGGUCAAUCUUUUCACACCCGGCCUGUCAACUCCUUUGUAUUUAUUGCUCUACAUCUAAUAUCAUGGCCUAUUUAUUGUGAUCGUUUUGUUUCUUUGUCCCCCACCCACCUUCUUGUUGCCCAAUUAUAUAUUUUAUAUGCACAGGAAAAUCUUUUGGUUUCUUUUGCUAGGGGGGUUUUUCUGUUUUUUUUCAUUCUUUUUCUCAAGGUUUUGUUUGGAUAUGGGUGCUUUUAUAUUCUAUGAAGAAAAUGAGCUGUC